ACGCACUUGCUCGCUGGGCGCUCGCGGGGUCUCGCUUUUCUUGGGGGAGGCCGGGGUGGGGGAGGGGGAGAGCGAAGGCGGAGAGCGGAGUCUGGGUCGAGCCCCCCAACUCAUCCUUCGGAGCCCCCGCAUCCUUCCCAGCCUCGCGGUCCUUCCCUCUCCGCGGCAGCGCGCCGCCUCCCACCCCCGGAGGCGCUGGCCGUGACCACGGGCAUUUGGAAUUCCGCCCCAACGAAAGGGGGCCCGGAGGAGGAGGAGGAGGACGAGGAGGAGGGGGAGAGGAGGGACGGAGGCCGGCGGGCGAGAAGCGGAAUCCGGAGUCCGAAACCGAACCGCACGGGAGAGCGGAAGGCGGGCGCGGGGCCGCGGCUCGGAGGCUCGGCCGCGCCGCUGCGCCCGGCCGCCCGCAGUGCACCGCGGAGUGGCCGCGCUGACAUGCCCGGGAUGCUUAACACGGGGCAUUAUGCACUGGUUAACAGGCUCCGAGCUGCCGAGCGACUUGUUUUAAGCAUUUUCUCCCUCGCUCUCGCUUUUAAUCUUGUCUCUAGUGGCGUGUGUAGGGGGGAGGACUUUAUUUCCAUUGGCUAAGCUCUCCCUUCCCACCCACAUCUCUUCCACAUCACCUUGGUGUCUCCCUAAAUAAAACCAGCCCUUCUUAUCGCCUGGAAAAAAUCAGGAGCUAGAGUUUGAAUGGGCUUUAUAUAAACACUCACCCCUGUCAGCGUGCAGCUGGGCUCUCGGGAUAAACUCACCGCACCUGGCCUGACGCUGGUCCUGGCUUCUCUGCUUCUCAACGUCCAGGUUUGAGCCGAGCCCGGGGGACUGGAAACUCUCCCCCUGAAACCCGAUCAACCUGAAGCCAGCUGUGGAGGUGUCCAGGGUCCCCAUGGACCUCAAGGAGAGCCCCAGCGAGGGCAGCCUGCAGCCCUCCAGCCUGCAGCUCUUUGCCAACACCUCCACCCUGCAUGGUAUCCGCCACAUCUUCGUGUAUGGGCCGCUGACCAUCCGCCGAGUGCUCUGGGCCGUGGCCUUCGUGGGUUCCCUGGGCCUGCUGCUGGUGGAGAGCUCGGAGAGGGUGUCCUACUACUUCUCCUACCAGCACAUCACCAAGGUGGACGAGGUGGUGGCCCAAAGCCUCGUCUUCCCCGCCGUGACCCUCUGCAAUAUCAACGGCUUCCGCUUCUCCAGGCUCACCACCAACGACCUGUACCACGCGGGCGAGCUGCUGGCCCUGCUCGACGUCAACCUGCAGAUCCCGGACCCGCACCUGGCCGACCCCGUAGUACUGGAGGCCCUGCGGCAGAAGGCCAACUUCAAGCACUACAAACCCAAGCAGUUCAGCAUGCUGGAGUUUCUGCACCGCGUGGGCCACGACCUGAAGGAUAUGCUGCUCUACUGCAAGUUCAAAGGGCAGGAGUGCGGUCACCAGGACUUCACCACGGUGAGUCCCCAGGUUUCCGUUCUUUCUCUCCUGCGUUGGUAGCUCUGCAGAGGGGCCCAUGCUGGUGGUCUCCUGCUGUGCUGGUGGUCUUCUUGUGCUUUUGUUUUUCUUUUUUGGGGGAGGGCUGGAGAGAGAGCAACACGUUUGUUGAAAGCCAGAGAGUGGUUGGAACUGGAUGUAGAUGGCUGUCUGUCUGAUGGAUGUAGAGGGGUGAACCCUCCUCCUGGUUGGGGGGGAUUGGGGCGGAAGCUUGUUUGGGAGGAAUCUUUCCUCCGGGCGGUCCUGAGCUAGGUUCCUCCCCACCAGAGGGAGGCGGCUUGAGUUGUCUGU